AUGUCUCUUAAAGACAAAAUUUUAUUUAUCACUGGUGCUUCUCGUGGGAUUGGUCUUGCCAUAGCUUUGAGAGCUGCAAAAGACGGAGGGUGCAUUGCUGUAGCCGCCAAGACAGAUACUCCACAUCCAAAACUUUCUGGAACUAUCCAUACAGCAGCAGAAGAGAUUAGACGUGCGGGUGGAAAGGCUCUUCCCUUGGUAUGUGAUAUUCGUAAUGAAGAUGCGAUUAAAUCAGCCAUUCAAAAAACCGUAGACACUUUUGGGGGGAUUGACAUCGUCGUUAACAAUG